GCGGUGUUUAUAAAGUGCGCAAUUGAAAACUAGCUGAUUAAAUUUGAUUUGAAUAGUCGCCGGUGGACCACGAUCGAGAACAAAUCAAUAACAUGGCAAUGCAAACGCUUAGAAUUGCUUUGCCGCUGAUGUUUUUCCUCAGCACCGGCCUUGUCUACGGCCAAAACCCGGAUCCAGCCGCCCAGCUUGCCUGCACAAAAUUCAAACAGAUUGUUUUCGAGGAACGUGUGGCCUUCAGCUUCUUUUUCAACGAUGCACCGAUUACCUACGAAACGGUUGACUCUUGUCAUGGAUCAAGACCCCUAAUUGUAGAUGGUACGCCGGCAGAGCCCAAGGAGUUCCCCCAUGCAGCUCGACUUGGCCACCGGGAUGCUAACAACGAAACCAAGUGGUUCUGUGGUGGAACCUUGAUAAGCAAUCGCUUGGUUCUUACUGCGGCACACUGCUUAUUUUCCAUACACGGAAAUGUAAAUGUUGUGCGUUUAGGUGAACUGGAGUUUGAUACCGAUGAGGACGAUGCUGAGCCGGAGGACUUUGGUGUGCUUAGUUUGACGGCACAUCCAGGCUUCGAGAACCCCGCCCUCUACAAUGACAUCGCGAUCGUUAAACUUGACCGGGAAGUCAAGUUCAACAGGUACAAGCAUCCUGCCUGCUUGCCCUUCGACGACGGCGAGAAACACGAGUCAUUCAUCGCCAUCGGCUGGGGCCGGAAAAAGUUUGCACAGAAGGAGUCGAAGAAGCUGCUGAAGGUUCAGCUCCAAGGAUAUGGUGACAGGUGUGUGAGCACAACGGAAGCGAAUGAAGAACUGCCCAAGGGGUACGAGCCCAGAAGCCAGCUGUGCAUUGGAUCAAAGGACGAAAAGGACACCUGCAACGGCGACUCCGGAGGCCCAGUGCUGGCCAACCACAAGGUUCUGCCUUGCAUGCACCACGUAAUGGGCAUCACAUCGGCCGGCAUUGGUUGCUCCACACCCGAUAUUCCCAGUCCCUACACAAGGGUCCACUAUUUCCUCAACUGGAUUAAAGGCGAACUGGCCAAGCAGACAUAAAGUCAUUUAAAGGCUUUUUCAUGGACUUCAAGCAGGGUUCUCGGAAAACCACAAGCUAUUAAUUAAUAAUUGCAAAUACACCGGCUAUUUAAAUUGGUUGGUUCAACAAACCUGUUUUAAAUUUAAAUAGAAUUGAGCUUUUCAGGUUUGAAUUUCCACAGAAUUUGUUAAUAGAUUUUGAAGUCGUAACAAGUUUUAAAGAAUAAAAUUGAUAAAUGCA